UUGUGACGUGUGGAGGUAAACUCCUGGAUGAUUGUGAAACCCAUGGGGAAGAUAAAAGGGGCAAUCAUCAAGCUGUUGAGCAAACACUCCUCUGAAAUAGCAGACAUCAGUGGACAGUACUGCAGUAACAGUGUAGUGAAGAACAGAAAUCAGCCAAGAUGUGUUGCUCCGGCUUUCUCAAAGUUAUGAUGUUCAUCUUCAACGGCGGCAUCUUUCUAGCAGGUGCUGGCUGUCUGGGUAUGGGGAUUUGGUUGAAGGUGGACAGCGGUUCUCUCCUAGGAUUACUGGAAGGCAUUGAAAAUGGGGACGGGCUGGACCAACUGGUCCAUGUCGCCUAUGUGCUCAUCGGGGUGGGAGCUGCUCUCGUGAUCAUCGGCUUCCUGGGCUGCUGUGGAGCCGUAAAGGAAAGCAGAUGCAUGCUGCUGACGUUCUUCUGUAUUGUGCUGGUCAUCUUCAUUGUGGAGGUUGCAGGUGCCAUUGUGCUGUUUGCUUUUGACGGAUUGGCUGAUAAAAUCCUGGAUAAUGUGGAGAAUGAGGUGCGCUCAAAACUUCAGACAGAAUUUGGGAGAGAUGAAAGUCUGACUUCAGUCUGGGGCUCCACCAUGGAACAGUUCAAGUGCUGCGGCUACAGGAACUACACGGAUUUUACUGGCUCCCCUUUUAAUGUUGUCAGCGGAGAGUAUCCGUCUCCAUGCUGUGGCAGGUCCUCUGAUAGCUUCUGUAGUUUAAACGAAGUGGAGACGUCGGACAUUCCUGGCUGCUUUGAGAAGCUGAAAGAGUUCCUGGAGGAGAACGCUCUGAUUGUUGCAGGAGUGGCUCUGGGAAUCGCUGCACUUGAGAUUGCUGCCAUGGUGGUCUCUAUGAUUCUGUACAAGAAAGCCGGAAAGAGGGAUUAAAUCCAUUAUGUGGAAAAACGUCAAAGCACUUAAUUGCUGUAAUAAAAAAGGAAAACCUUUAUGCACAUUUGCAAUUUGUAAAACUUCCACAGAAAGAUAAACAUUUGCUCAUUUGAUGCUCCAUAUGCAUUCAGACCUAAACUGUGAGAGAUGAUUUUGUUCACCAUUCAACUAAAAAUGUUUGUUUGUUCACAUUUAUUUAGGGGUUUAUUUAUACUUGUCAAAGGAUUUUGGUCACCUGAUGUCAUGUGUGCUGAUGCAUUUGAUAGAAAUAUGUCAUGACGCACAGUGUGAUGCACAAUAGUGACUUUGUGUCAGUUGUUUAGCAUAAAUCUUAUUAUUAUUGUAAAUUUAUUUUUGUAUUUGUUGAUUAUGUUGGGGCAAAGAAUAACAGAAUCUGGGGUUAUUCUGUCAAAUCUGCCAUGCUUGUGUCUUUUAUGCACAUUGUUUAUAAAAAUGCUCUUACAAAAGUUAAGAUUAAAAACCUGAAAAACAAA